GUAUGUGGAUCCUGCAUUAAAAGGACACUGAAUAUUAAUGUGCUUGCCGUCUAUAGCAGCAACACAAUUAGGAAAAUUCCACUGUUGGUUAAAUCUAGCUGACGACGUUUUCCAUAACUCUUCCGUUGGUUUUGGCAUUACAAUAGACCGCAAAUUGUUCCAUAUGGCAUCACAAACUUCUUGUACUAUUUGACGGAACAGUACUGAAGCCUAUUCUGUAAUUAAAUUCCAUACUCCUAAACGAAUUUCCAGUUGCCAGAAAUCUGAAACAUUGUUUAAUAUUUAUUUCUUUGCUUUUACGUGUAGCGGACAACGCCAAGGCAAAGUGGGACAAACUUCGACGAUGUUUUUGCAAUGCAAGAAAUAGGCGCCUGUCUACCAAAAGUGGCCAGGCUACUAAACAAAUUACGCCAUGGAAAUUUGAAAACCAGAUGGCAUUCUUGUUACCUUAUUUAGAAGGUCGAAGGGCUCGCGGAAACUUGCAAAAUUCACAAAAUGAAGAAGACAUCCACGUUACCGCCGAAGACGUUACUAACGACGAUGACGCAGACGAACAGGAAGUAGAAGAACAAAAUGCAGACUCUAAAGAUACAGCUGAAGAAGGCCACGAAGAACGAAGAAGUGCAGUAACGCAAACACAAAUACCUUCACAAGGUGAUAUAUUGCGCUCCGAAAAUACAAAAACAUUAGAACAUAUAAAGAAAAGAAAAAAUUGUUCAUACCGCAAAAUUUCUGCAGCGGAUAAAAUGGCAGCAAUAAUGGAACAAAAUGCCGCUCUACGAAAACGAAAAUUCGAAGAAAAAACAUCAUCGCAAAAGAAGCACACCUGUUUUGAAAGUUUGGACGAGACUGACAUGUUUUUCCUAGGUUUAGCCAGAAUGGCGAAACAAUUACCAAAAACGGAACAAGCUUCUAUUAAGCUGACAUUGAGCAAUACUAUUCUUCAAGCUGAAUUGAGAUGCGCACAAGCACAAAGUGCUCAUACACCUACGUCACGAUCAUGUACUACUGUGCAGCCAUUAUUUCCACCUCAUGAGAAUUCUAGACCAUCUACAUCAUCGUCAUAUUGUGUGCAACCCUUGGUCUCAACCUUAUAAAUAUUCAAGAUCAUCUUCAGAAUCAUACACUAUGCAAUCGGCACUGUCGCCGCAGGAGUAUAAAGAAGCUGACUAUGGGCAAUUCACAAAUGCCCCAAAAAUAAGCAACUACCUACUCGACAUCAGAGAAGACUCGCGAGGAGUGCGAA